AUGAAACAAACCUGUUUAAGCUUCGGUAGCAACCCGAUCCGCGACGCCAUCUCCCGGAUCCGAUUCGCCCCGCAUUCCAACCAUCUCCUCAUUUCUUCUUGGGACUCCAGUCUUAGGUUGUAUGAUGUGGAUGCAUGUAAGCUAAGACUUGAAGCUUCCGAUGAAUAUCCACUUCUCGAUUGUUGUUUCGCCGACGAUUCGCUUGCUUUUUCUGCUGCAACAGAUGGGUUGCUCCGCAGGUAUGAUCUGAAUUCCGGAGAUGUAGAUCGAAUUGGAAAUCAUGAUGAAGCUACUUGUGUCGAGUAUUCAAACGAAACAAGUCUUGCAAUCACUGCUGGUUGGGACAAAAAGAUAAAGUUUUGGGACACGCGAUUAGUCAAGUCUCUUCAAUGCUUGGAGAAUCUUGGUGGAGAAGUAGAGUCCAUGUCCCUCUCGGAAUUUCAUUUGAUGAUUGCUGUUGGGACAUCGGUAAGCACAUACGACCUGCGUAAGCUUAGCAAGUUAGAUCAAGCCAAAGAAUCAUUUAUGGACGUUCAAAUAAAAUGUGUCCGUCCUGGUUUUGAAGGCUUUGCAGUUGGAUCAUUUGAUGGACGGGUUGCUUUGGAGUAUGUCAACGAUAGCAACUCAAAGAGUGGCAGAUAUGCUUUCCGAUGCCAUCCGAAGAAAAAGGAUGGAAGGCAUCAUAUUGUCCCUGUGAAUGAUAUUGCAUUUAAUCCAUGCCUGCCCACUAUUUUUGUCACUGGUGAUAAUGAAGGUUACGCUUCAACAUGGGAUGCUCAGAGUAAGAAAAGACUAUAUGAGUUGCCGAGAUUUCCCAACGCUGUUGCCUCACUUUCUUAUAGCUAUGAUGGACUACUUUUAGCAGUUGCAUCGAGUUACACAUACCAAGAAGCUAAUGAAAGAGAGGAGCUACCUCAGAUAUUCUUGCAUGAAAUCAAUGACCUCAACAUUUCAUCCCUUUCUGCUGGGAGUUCAAAAUAGGAGCAACGGCAAAAGAGUACGAAGUUUUUACGCCAUCAAGCGAACCAUCGAUCCAAUACUUUGCCUUGCUUCUCUGUGGAAGUUUUUGAAUCACGUUUUUGAGUGAUUCGGAAACAAUUCCACGGAUGUCUUUCUGCUGAAGCCUGCAAAAAAGUGAAGCCCUCCAACCGGACGAGUGGGAUGAGAUUUGUGCCUUCUUUCCGUCUUCAGCACUGCCAUUUGCUUACUGGUGCACUAUGCAACUCUGGUUGCUUGGAAACUUAAAACCUAAUGGCAUUAGUCCUUGUCCUUGGAAGGAAGCUCCCGUUUCGCAGAAACCAUGGAGCUAGUGCAUUGAAGCUGGAUGUGGUCCGUGAGCGUUUUAAUGCUCGACUACUAUCUGCAGAGCUGGUGGUUACUUUGACCUUUUAGAAUUUGCUUGUACUAAUUUACGCUUUUGUCUUCAACU